AUGAAGAUGUUAAGUUGGAACUGCCGGGGGCUUGGGAACCCCCGGGCAGUUCGAGCUCUCACUAGUAUGGUGAGAAUUAAGAAGCCCCAUCUUGUGUUCCUUAUAGAAACAAAGAUGAUGAAGAAUAAAGUGGAAUUCAUCAGAAUAAAACUUGGGUUUGACAGGAUGUUUGUAGUUGAUUGUAAGGGGAAGAGUGGGGGUCUAUUACUCCUAUGGAAUUCGGAUUCUCAUCUGGAAAUCCAGAAUUUCAGUAGACGUCAUAUUAAUGCAGUUGUGUUGAAUCAAAGUAAUGAGCCUGUAUGGAAGCUGACAUGUUUUUAUGGGCACCCGGAUGUGGGGAAAAGGAUGGAAGCUUGGAAUCUCCUCAGACACUUAUCUCAGCUGGAUCCUACUCCUUGGAUGUGUAUGGGAGAUUUCAAUGAAAUCAUUUCAAGUUCGGGAAAAACUAGCAACUCCAUCAGACCUCGAAGUCAAAUGCAGGCAUUUCAAUCAGCAUUGGGGGACUGCAAUCUAGCAGAUUUGGGGUUCCGUGGUCCGAAAUUUACAUGGUGGAACGGAAGGCAAGGAGAAGAUUUUACUCGGGAACGAUUGGAUCGGGCGGUGGCCAAUCCUGAAUGGAAUCAGUUGUUUAAUGCUGCAGAGGUUGAAGUGUUAGCUAACAGUGUCUCUGACCAUCACCCCUUGUUGAUCACUGUUUCCCACUCGGAGGACAUCAAAUGGAAGAAGUAUCAUUUUUUCAGAUAUGAAGCUAGCUGGACCAAAAAACAGGAUCAUGCAGAUAUUAUCAAGAAAGUUUGGAGAGUAAAACACAAGGAAAUUGACCCUUGGCGAAUGAUUAAUAGAAAGAUGAAUGGGUGCAGGAAGUCAUUACAGAUAUGGGUGAGAAAAUCUGAAAAUAAUAUUGCUUCCCAGAUUCACAAGAAGUCAUUAGAGCUCCACUCAAUCCAAAUGGAGGAAAAUCAGGAGACAGUAGAGAAAGAACUGACCGUGAAGGAGGAACUAAACUCACUUCUUGAGCAGGAGGACCUUCACUGGAGUCAACGGGCAAAAGAAAACUGGCUGAGGUAUGGGGAUCAAAACUCUAAAUAUUUUCAUGCUUGUGCUAGUCAAAAGAACCGUCGGAAGAAUAUUGUGGAAAUUAUGGAUAUGGGAGGCCGGCUCUGCUGCUCAAAGGAGGAUAUUGAAAAUGCUUUUAUCUGUUAUUAUGAUGAUCUCUUUACUGCUGGAACUGAUCUAGAGCUGGAGAAUUGUCUGAGUGCAAUUGACUGUAAGGUGACACCGGCGAUGAAUACUAAACUUAUGGUUGUGCCUACAGAGGAGGAAAUCUAUACAGCCUUACAGCAAAUGGCCCCUUUGAAAGCUCCUGGCCCCGAUGGGUACUCUGUUUGCUUCUUUCAACAUAAUUGGGAAACUGUUCACACUGAGGUUUUGGCUAAUCAGCUUAAACUAGUGUUACCAGAGAUUAUCUCCUGCACGCAGAGUGCCUUUAUUCCAGGUCGUCUGAUAACAGAUAAUAUUUUGGCUGCCUUUGAGACUUUACACUCAAUGCAGACCCGGAUGUGGAGUAAAACUGGAUAUAUGGGUUUCAAGCUUGAUAUGAGUAAAGCCUACGAUCGAGUGGAAUGGCCUUUUUUAGAGGUGAUCAUGCGGAGGAUGGGGUUUACGGAGCAAUGGAUUACUCUCAUUAUGGUCUGUGUUAGAUCAGUGUCAUAUUCAAUUCUCAUUAAUGGUGGCCCGGUGGGAAAUAUUAAGCCAUCAAGGGGGAUUCGUCAAGGGGAUCCCAUUUCUCCCUAUCUGUUCCUACUUUGCGCAGAGGCCCUGAGUGCCUUAUUACAACAAGCUGAAAGGAAGGGGAUAAUUACGGGUGUUCCAACUUCUCCGAGGGGACCUAGAUUGAGUCAUCUAUUCUUUGCGGAUGACAGUAUUAUUUUUUGUAAGGCGAACUCAGUUGAGUGGAGAAGAAUUAUGAAGAUUUUGGGCAUUUAUGAAAAAGGGUCGGGUCAAAAGCUUAACCUGCAGAAGACAUCUUUAUUCUUCAGCCGCAAUACCAGCCAUGAAAGGAAACAGGAAAUUUUGAGCCUGUCUGGGUUGAUGGAAACACAUAGGAUUGAUUCAUACCUAGGACUUCCUUCUUUUGUGGGUAAGUCCAAGGCUCAGUCCUUUGGGUUUAUUAAAGAUAGAGUGACGAAGAAGAUCAGUAAUUGGAAGGUCAAAUUCCUCUCCCAAGCUGGCAAAGAAGUGUUGUUAAAAGCGGUAAUUCAGGCGAUACCUACAUAUAGCAUGUGUGUGUUUCAACUUCCUAUUGCCUUAUGCAAGGAGAUAAAUUGUUUGAUGCAAAAUUUCUGGUGGAAUCACAUGUCUCAAAAUGCUAAAAUUCAUUGGAUGUCUUGGGAAAGAAUGGGACGUUCCAAAGCAGUGGGAGGUCUAGGUUUUCGGGAUUUGGUGCUGUUUAAUCAGGCUUUACUUGCUAAGCAAGGGUGGCGGUUAAUUCAAAACCCUUCAUCUCUCUCAGCACAAAUUUUCCGAGCCAAGUACCAUCCUAGAAGUGGCUUUAUGGAGGCUUCCCUAGGCUCUCGCCCUUCUUUUGUUUGGCGGAGCAUAUGGAAUUCUAGGGAAUUGUUGCAACAAGGCUUGGUUUGGAGAGUGGGCAAUGGAUGCAAUAUAAAGGUUUGGGGAGAUCGUUGGCUCCCAACACCACAAACUUUUCAGGUCCAAUCUCCUCCAAAGAUCAUUGAUAGACAGUCUAUGGUGGCCUCAUUAAUUAAUCCCACCUCCAAGAAUUGGAAUGAGGCUUUACUUAAAGAAGUGUUUACGGAAGAAGAAGCUCAAGUCAUAGUUAAUAUUCCUCUAAGCCCAUUGCUGCCUGCAGAUAGGUUGAUUUGGCGUGGAACUGCUAAUGGUAUUUUUUCAGUUCGGAGUGCCUACCAUCUCGGCAAAGAAGAAAAGGAGAGACGAGCAGCUCAAAGUUCCCAACUGAACACAGGGCAGGAAUUGUGGAAGGCUCUUUGGGCAAUGGAAGUGCCAAAUGCGGUGAAAAUGUUUGCAUGGAGAGCUUGUCAAAAUAUUCUGCCCACACGCCGAAACCUAUUUAAGCGAAGGGUUAUUGAAGAUGCUAAAUGCCCUUGUUGUGGAUUAGAAGAGGAGUCUUUAAUUCAUGCCUUAUGGAUUUGUCCGGCAGCUCAGGAUGUCUGGGGAAGUAAAACAUCACCGUUCCAAAAGUGUUGUGUUUCAGGAGCGACCUUCAAGGAGAUUUUUGAAGAUGGUCUUCAGCGCUUUAGCAAGGAAAAUUUGGAACUGUUGAUAGUAGUGGCCCGUGGAAUAUGGUUUAGGAGAAAUAAAUUUGUUUUUGAAGGCACUUUUAACCAUCCAGAUGAAGUCUAUACUGCUGCAGUGAGGUUUAUUCGGGAAUACAAGGAGAGCAAGCAAUUGGACCAGUCAGUUCCCAUGCAGUCUGUAAAGGGACCUGACAAUAGCCGUGAUACAGUUACUUGGAGUCCUCCUCCAAACGGGUCCAUAAAGCUUAAUUGGGAUGCGGCUAUAAAUAAGAAAAAGGGAUGGAUUGGUUUGGGCAUCAUAGCAAGGGACUAUUUGGGGAAUUGUUUGGGAGUUCGUAGUCUCACUAAAAUCUUACAGGUGGAUGCUAAGACUGCAGAAUCUUUAGCUGCGUUGGAAGCCGUUCUUUUUGCUAGAGAAGCUGGGUUUUUAGAUGCUAUAUUUGAAGGAGAUGCAGCCCAUGUUAUUGAGGAGAUUAACUCAAAUCCUCCCUACCUUUCGAGAUCAGGCCAUAUUUUGGAAAGCAUUCAUGUUGAGCGGCAAAGAUUACAUACAUGUAGUUUCAAUUUUGUUUAUCGUGAAGCCAAUUGUGCAGCUCAUUGUCUAGCUAAAGAGGCUGCUAGUUCUUUGAGUGAUUUGUGUUUACUGGAGGAUACUCCCAUUAGUAUUUCCAGUAUUGUUGUUAGGGAAGCUACAGGCCUCAUGAAUUCCUUGUCAGUGUAUAGUUUAGUUGUGUUUGGGCCUGAGCAGCCCUAA